CGCGUUCACGAGCACAUACGGCCCCUCUCUCGCUCUUCUGCCGUAUUUCCCCUAAUAGCAGCCGGCGCCAGCUCUCUCCAAGGCCCCAGCUUUGCUCUUUCCGACGCUUUACGGCUGAGUGACGUGGAACGUCAACAGUGAAACAUGGCUGAGCCCGGAGAAUCGUCUCCGUUGUCUUCGCCUUCCCCUCCGCUGUCCUCCCCGGGAGCUGGAGACGAAGAGGAGACUGACACCUGGGAGACAGAUCUAGCCGAGGCUCUUGAGGCAGGAGGCUGUGACCUGGAGACUGUAAGAAAUAUCAUACAAGGACGGCUGGUGCCUUCAGACCUCAGGGCAAAAGUAUGGAAGAUUGCAUUAAACGUUGCAGGAAAAGGAGACAGUUUGGCAGCAUGGGACGGCUCUUUAGAUCUUCCAGAGCAGGCCGUCAUUCAUCAGGAUUGUCAAAAUCUUAUAGAGCAGCUCGAUGUAUCCGAAGAGAGGAAGCCGAUUAUUCUCCAGGAUGUUGAGUCUAUAGUAACUUUCUAUUGUAAAUCACGUAAUGUCAAGUACCAUGAAAACGUCAGCUGGCUUUACCUUCUGAAACCAUUGAUGGAGCUCAACUUAUCCCGGAGCGACUUCUAUAAUUGCUUCUAUGCAAUAAUGAAUAAGUAUAUUCCAAGGGAUUGUUACACUAAAGGAAAACCUUUCCAUUUAUUCCGGCUUCUCCUGCAGUACCACGAGCCUGAACUUUGUUCUUUCUUGGACACAAAGAAAAUUACUCCAGAUCAUUAUGCACUAAAUUGGUUUGGAAGCCUCUUUGCAUAUCACUGCUCGGUUGAAGUCACACAGGCAAUCUGGGAUAGUUAUUUACAGCAGGCAGAUCCAUUCUUAAUGUACUUCUUGAUGCUGAUCAUGCUUGUCAAUGUAAAGGAUGUUGUUUUGGCAGAAGAAAUGGAAUCUAAAGAAGAACUUCUAAAGUUCCUUGCAAGUCCACCUACAAAUCUUGAGGUAGCAGACAUAGAAGAUCUGUUCACUUUAGCUAAUCAUUAUUAUAGCAAGACUCCAGCUUCUUUUCGCAAGGACAACCAGAAUUUGUUUGGCAGCAGCCUGAUUGCUCUUAAAGACGACUCUGAUCUCAGUCAGGCUCUUUGUUUGGCUAUUUCUGUAUCAGAAAUUCUUCAAGCAAAUCAGCAAGAGGAUGGAGUGCGGUUCUUUGUGGUAGAUUGCCGACCUGCAGAGCAAUACAAUUCUGGGCACCUGGCUACAGCGUUUCAUUUAGACUCUGACUUGAUGCUACAGAACCCGGGAGAAUUUGCUCUGUCAGUGAAGUCUCUUCUAGAAGCACAGAAACAGUCCAUAGAGUCCGGCUCAGUGGCUGGAGGAGAACACUUAUGCUUUAUGGGCAGCGGUAGGGAAGAAGAAGACAUGUAUAUGAAUAUGGUUCUUGCCCAUUUCUUGCAGAAAAACAAGGAAUACAUAAGUAUUGCCAAAGGAGGAUUUAUGGUUUUGCAGCAGCAUUUGGCAGACAUAAAUGUAGAAGGACCGGAUAAUGGCUAUGGGCAUUGGAUUGCUAGCACAUCUGGGUCACGGAGCAGUAUUAGUCCCUAUACAGAUGGAGAUGCCUCCAAUGGAUAUAGUGAUGGAAAAGGGAUGAAGUCUUUAGUUAAUAAAAUGACUGUGGCAUUGAAAACAAAGUCUGUAAACGUGAAGGAGAAAGUUAUCAGCUUCAUUGAGAAUACUUCCACCCCGGUAGAUAGAAUGACUUUCAAUCUUCCCUGGCCAGAGAGGGCGAGUUUGGAGCGACAUGUCAGUAGCAGCGACCGAGUGGGGAAGCCAUAUCGGGGUGUAAAGCCAGUAUUUAGUAUUGGGGAUGAAGAAGAAUAUGACACAGAUGAGAUUGACAGCUCCUCCAUGUCUGAUGAUGACCGAAAGGAAAUUGUUAACAUUCAGACCUGGAUAAACAAACCGGACAUCAAACAUCACUUUCCCUGUCAUGAAGUUAAAGAAAAUGGUCAUAUGUUUCCCAGUGACCUUCUAGUAACUGCAACGCACAUGUAUUGUUUGCGGGAGAUCCAGUCUAGAAAGGGAUUUGCAUACAUACAGUCACGACAGGCGCUCAGCUCUGUUGUCAAGAUUACAUCAAAGAAAAAACACCCUGAGCUGAUUACAUUUAAGUAUGGAAAUAGCAGUGCCUCAGGAGUGGAAAUACUAGCAGUGGAGAGGUAUUUAAUUCCAAAUGCAGGAGACGCAACCAAAGCCAUUAAGCAACAGAUCAUCAAAGUCCUUGAUGCCCUGGAGAGCUAACGCCUUCCCAACAUGGCCGAUCCCAUAUGUCAAGGAAAGACAUUUUCUAUUUGUUGACAAGAUAAUAAAAUAGUUUUAUUUAAUUUUUUUUCCGGAUUCUAUUUCAUAACACUCCUUUUGCAUUAGUAUUUUUUUUUUUGUAUAAUGUUAAUUUUGACAAAAGAACAUUACUGAAAACGACUGUUUGCAGAGGAGAGAAGCUGCUACAGAGACGGCAUCGGCUUUAGGUUCAGUAACGGGACUGAGGAUCGGAGGCAUUGGUAUGAGACAAGUCAAUAGAUUUUUGUGUCUGCACAGCAGGAAUAACACUCAGGUUAGCAUACCUGCCAUGGUAAGCACAGAAAGCCUUGUUUGCAUCAGUAUUUAGAGCUGACGGUGUACAGAGAGGACUGUAUUACACACCAGAGGCCGAUUCACAUCCAAACCAAAUUCCUUUUGACCGUAAUGCACUAACAAUGUGUUCUGAGAAGCUGUAAGCACCAUUUUGUACCCAAAACAGACUGUUUCUAACUUACACAGGGCUAGCGCUGUAUACCGAGUUAACAAUGUCUGUUCAAUGUAUUAUAGUCGUUCUAUUUGGAAGUUCUAUGUGGGAAACAUGUGCAAUGUGCUUUGAAGGAAAAAAAAACGAUUGAAAAUGGGCAUGUGAUGACCCAUUCAACAUCGAAAAUAUUGUAUGGAGGGAAGAAACGUAAGCUGCGAGCAUGGUCAGGCAUCUAAAUCAACAAGUGCAUAGGAGCCGCCUGCAUCUCUCUGGAUGACUGGAUGUUAAAGAAUGAGUAACUUUUCUUUUAUUAAUACAUGAUCCAGAUGUUGAUUUUGAGGUUGUAUCGGGACCUAAUUUACUUCCAUAGAGUCCUCAUAUGGAAUGAUGGCAGAUAUUAUCUAUGUACAUUUUGCUUUCAAUAAAAACCUAAUUGGUAAAUGAAUAAUAAAAUGUUUUAAGGAAAAAAACAUCUAAAAUACCUGCAUCGUAGUUUGUCUGCAGCUUUUAAUAAAUGUUUGUAUACUUAUCUGAAAUGCGCAAACCCUUAAGAUUUUUUUUUUCUUUUUUUAAUAUAUCAUGAUCAUUACAGAAAUGUUUAAGGAAACCAACUAAGAAAGUUGUUGAUGACGGGGUUAUUGUGUCACAACUCGGUCACAUGACUACCUUUUAAUUUGUUUAUUGCAAAGUACUUCUUUCUAUCCUCUGUCCUCCUUGCUUGAAGUUGAAGAUCCACAGAGAGUCCAGAUCUUGUUUAUUUUCAACCUAAUUUUCUUUUUCUACCUUUUUUAAAAGGGUUUUCCAGCGAAAGAAACAGCCUGUGUACGAUUUCAUUAUUAAAGCAACUUACUAAUAUAAUGUUAUUAGCCAUACUGCUCAGAUCUCUCCAUAUCAGCUGGGCUGUCUGGCUUGUAGCUGUGACAUGACGUCACACUCUCUGAAAGCAGAGCUCCCGUCCCUCCUCCCCCCUCCCCUCCUGUCUGCUUAGAACAAGACCAUUGAUGUGAAGAGUAUAGCUCUUAUUACUGCCCAUUGGAUUUUAAGGCAGCAGCAAGCCUUCUGUUCAGUUCGGACAGCAAUAAGCCUGUUCUGAUGGAAAUUACUUUGACUGAGAGAGGCUUCCUGCUGCCUUAAAAUCUAAUGAGCAAUAAUAUGACCUCCACCUUUUCACAUUACUGGUCUCACCCUGAGCAGGCAGGAAGGAGGGAGGAGCAGAUACUGGAGCUCUACAUUCAUAGAGUGUGAUGGGACAUCACAGCUACAAGCCAGACAGCUCCUAUCUGUGCACUCUGGCUAGUAACAUAUUAGUAAGUUG